UUGAUUGCUGGGCGGAGGGCUACAUCUCUAAACUGGGGGCGGGGUAAAAUGUUUCUGAAGGAUGGGGGGGGUGAGGGGAUGGAUCAUUAUCUCCCCUCCCAUCUCUCUUCCUUGGUUUCCCUCAACUGAGACCAAAGGGGGCAGCCUUGAUUUUUGUGAAUGAAAUGCUCCUUGCAUCUUUUUGGUCGCCGGUUGCUGGCUUUCUCUGCCUCCAUCUCCUUCUCGGCCUCUCUUUCUGGCCAUUUCUGGUUCUCUCUCUGCUCCCUGCCCAUCUCCUGGUUGCUGGGUGACUCAGUGAGCUUUGCAUCCGGUCUCAUUCAUAAAUCCGGGAAGGGGGGGGGACGCCAGGUUUCUCACCCAGUUAGUGGCCUGGGCGACUAGGGUGCGGAGGAAGUGUUGGGGGCACUGAAGCUGAGUUGAUGGGUCCAGAGAAAAUACAUAUGCGCAGGAAUCCAGCUGUGAGGGGGGACAAUGGGUGGGGCUAUGGGUUUAUGAUGAGAGGGAAGGAGACUGGGGUUGAGGAGGAUGAGCUGUAGGGGGAGGGGAAAGUGGCAAACCCAAGCUAAGGGGGUGGGGAAGGCUAGAAAAGGUAGAUACGAAAAAGGAUGGUGGGCAAGAUGUAACUAAGAAGAAAGAAGCCAUGAUAGAAGAAAGUGGGCAAGGGGUGGGUGUACUGGUGGCUUGAGGAUGAGAUAAAAUACAGAGGUACAUGGUGCGGGUCCGAGCCGUGGUGAUGGCCCGAGAUGACUCCAGUGGGGGCUGGCUGCCUGUGGGGGGCGGGGGCCUCAGCCAGGUGAGCGUAUGUCGGGUCCGAGGGGCCAGGCCCGAGGGGGGGGCCCGCCAGGGGCACUACGUCAUCCACGGGGAGCGGCUUCGAGACCAGAAAACCACCUUGGAGUGUACCCUGAGGCCAGGUUUGGUUUACAACAAAGUGAAUCCUAUCUUCCACCAUUGGAGCCUGGGGGACUGCAAGUUUGGGCUGACGUUUCAGAGUCCUGCAGAAGCAGAUGAGUUCCAGAGGAGCCUGCUGGCUGCGCUGGCUGCACUGAGUCGAGGCUCGCUGACUCCCUCCUCUUCCUCUUCCUCCUCCUCCCCUUCCCAGGACACUGCAGAGACUCCCUGCCCUCUGACGUCCCACGUGGACAGCGACUCCUCCUCCAGUCACAGCCGCCAGGAGACUCCUCCCACAGCUCCCAUUGCCACAGUGGAGUCAGCAGCUGCCUUCCCACCGGCCACGCCCCCACAAAGGCGCCGCUCCUCUGCUCAGAGCUACCCUCCGCUUCUACCGUUCACUGGGAUUCCUGAACCUUCAGAAUCUUUAGCUGGGGCAGGGAGCCAGGGCUGGGGCAGCCGCGGCUAUGAGGACUACCGGCGAUCUGGACCACCGCCUCCACCUCUUGCCCUGUCUACCUGCGUUGUGCGCUUUGCCAAGACUGGUGCAUUGAGGGGUGCAGCCCUGGGUCCUCCAGUGUCACUCCCCGCCCCUCUCACAGAGGCUGCACCCCCAGCACCCCCUGCUCGUCCACCCCCGGGCCCAGGCCCAACCCCUGCUCCAGCCAAAGCCUCCCCAGAGGCUGAGGAGGCUGCGCGCUGUGUGCACUGCCGAGCACUCUUCCGCCGCCGGGCAGAUGGGCGUGGUGGUCGCUGCGCAGAAGCCCCUGACCCAGGUCGCCUGCUAGUGCGCAGGCUCAGCUGCCUGUGGUGUGCGGAGAGCUUGCUGUACCACUGCCUGUCGGAUGCCGAGGGUGACUUCUCAGACCCGUGUGCUUGUGAGCCAGGCCACCCGCGCCCUGCUGCGCGCUGGGCCGCUCUGGCUGCUCUGUCCCUGGCAGUGCCCUGUCUCUGUUGCUAUGCACCCCUGCGCGCCUGUCACUGGGUUGCAGCUCGUUGUGGCUGUGCGGGCUGUGGGGGUCGUCACGAGGAGGCUGCACGGUGAGGAUUGUUGGACUGGUUUGGAAAUCGGUCUGAAGACCCAAAAAUUGAAGGUCCAGGACCCUGAACAGCAUAUGAACCUAAAACCCAAACUUAGGUACAUUUGGAACUUGAAUGGAUUUGAGAGAUCCCAGAUCUGGUACCUGGACCCCAAACUGAGGACUGAGAUCCCCAGACCCAGCUUCAUCAGGGUGUCUGUCCACCUGAAGUCCUGAAUUCUGGAUUCUCCCUCCCUUUUCCCCACUGAGGAGACUUAGGACAUUUUCAAACAUUGCAUCUAAAGGGGCCCAGGAGCUCACAUCCCUGAGAUAUAGGGAUCUUGGAACCUGACUCUGUCUAAAUGCCCAACCCAGACUUCAGGUCAUACUUGACAUUGUAAACACUCAUAUUGCGGUCCCUAAAUUAGUCCAGUUGCUAAAACUUGACCCUAUAUCAAAUGACUUAGACCUUGAGACCAGAGGGCCCAGAAUCACCAGAAAAUGGUCCCUGAAUUUUCACCUGAGACCUGGUAUCUGCACAUUUAGAUGCUCUUAUAGCUCCAGGACCUGGAGACACCAAACCCUCCUGGGUAAGAGACACCAAGACUGGUUUGGAAUCACCAGAUACUGGCCUGAAGUCUCCCCAUUGACAAGUCCACAGACAUUGCCAUCAGUUCAUGCGCAAGUGACCCACAAAUUUCCUAGCACUCCAGAUUUAAAAUGCAUUAACUCCUUAGAUGUCCUCAAACAUGAGUAUUUUCUGACCACAAUGACUUCGGAGGCCCUUUUCAGAGCUCAGCAAGGUCCAAAUAUCCAACACCAAAAUGCUUGGGGAACCUGGGACCAAAUACCUACCCCUCAAGACAGCCAUGAGAAUUUGAAUCUCAUGGGUGGGCUCUGA